GUGAUGAUGCAUUUAAAAGCGAAAUAACACAGAAAGAGAGAGAGAGCUUCGGGUUUUCCGUCUUUUGGGAGUUUGUAAGAAAAAGGAGAGAGAGAGAAUGUGAGAGAAAGAGGAGAGAAUGAGCUGCACACAUGCUCGCGAACACUCGGGAAUUCUGAUGUGAAUCUCUUAAACAAAAAGGUGGUCUGAUAUUGCAGAAGAAGAAAGAUCUGGUUUGAAGCUUUUUACGAGGUGUUUGGCGAGAGUGAAUUUGGAAUUUGGAUCGGUUUUUUUUUUUUCUUUUAAACCGUGAAAGCCGUUUUCUGAAAGGAGCCGCCAAGCGUUAGCUAGAUGUUGGUAAUGUUAUCAUGAGAAAUGGACAAGAGUCGAGACGUGAGGCGUGGAACGAGUAGGUUCUCGCGACAACAGGUUAAUACUAACAAGCAACAACAAUCUCGACCCAAACUCUUAUUUGGUUUUGCUGGUGGUGUUGGUGGUGGUGGGAACUUUGUUUGUUUAGAGAAAGCAAAGAGAGAGAAAAUACGAAGACUGAGCAGCGUUAAUGGUAAUACAGGAAGUCACAGUCCCUGUCCCGGUAGCAACCAACACUGUGAAACUGAAAUGGGCAGUUGUUGCUGUGAUUUGUCUUCUGAUAAUAGAGAAAAUCAGUGUCCUUCUCAUUCACGGCACUCCUCUUCUCUCAUCACUAAUUCUACCAACAAGAGAUUUAAGGUUCCUAAAAAGUUUUUGAAUGACUGCAAUGUCGUUGAUCAUGCCUCUGUUCCACGGAAGCUACGGUCAGCCAUGAAGAAGCGCAGUCGCGAGUCUAUCUCCCCGCCUUCACCAGAUUCACAGAAACUGAACCAUACACUUGAUGGAGUCGAAUCGCAUAAAAAGGAUGGUGUAAAGAAACCCAAACUGAAUUUGAAAGGAGGAGAAUCUAAUUGGUCCAGGAAGUCGACUGUUCCUGGGCCAAUCACAAAAGAUGAGGAAGAGGUUGCGGAGACCCUGUAUGCUUUGGCAGGAAUGUUCCCUGACAGUGACUCAAUGGAUAAGAAUAAAUUGAGUGGUGAAGCAAUGGAAGUAAAACCUUCAGCUCCUCCAGAGGCAGUGGAGAGUCCUGUCACAGCAAUUGAAGUUAAACAAGAAGAUACGAACUCAGUUUGCUGCCCACAAGCUGCUAAGACUGCAUCCCCUAUAGAUGAGUCAUCCCAUGAAGCUGCUAAACUCAAUUCUUUGAAUGAACCUACUAUUCAAGAUCAGCCUGACUUGCCAGGCAGCAAAAAGUCCACUACGGAACCAGAUAUUUCUAUUUCUCAAAUGAAGCUGAAUACUACCAUCCCUUCCAAGGCUAAGCGUGAACCUGGUGCUGAGAAGUCAUCUUGCUUUACUGGCAACUUUCAUGUUCUCUCUGAUCAAAGCUUAGAAACUGGAUUGAAGCAGCACAAGCAACAGGUGACCACUCCUUUUGAGAGAAAACCAGAAAUGGCAUUUGGGGUCACUGCUUUUGAAAGCCAAAUAGCACAGCAACGCAUGAUCAAGGAGCCCAAAAAAAAUGGUCUUGCAUUGUGGCCAGGCUUGUCUUCUACAGUGCCCCUUGGUGCUCGGAGUCCUGGUUUUUCACAGCCAUCAGCUACUAAAAUUCCAUCUUGGUUGGAUGCCGCAAUGUGCGGCCCCAGGCCAUGCUCACUUGAAAGUGGUUCUUCAACUGGAAAGGUUUCAAAAGUCACCAUGGAUAAGAAGUCAAUGAAGAGGUGUGCCGCUCAUGUUUAUAUCAGUUGUAUCAUUCGUAAUUUACAGAUGCAAGACAGCGAAGACAGCAUUCUUCAACAGUCUCUUCAGUUGAAACCUCAUGUAGGAUUAAAGAGAACAGCUCUUUUGUAUCCUAACAAUCGCAGUAAUUUGAGAAAUGGUAUAAAUGACACUACACCUAGCAGCAGUUCUGGCAAUUCUGUUAUUGAUAGAAAUUCUUGUGAAGCUAGAAGUGGUAUUCAACAGCCAAAAAUGCUCCAUCAGGAUCAGCCACAGGUUGCUUCAGCAUCUGGGAUGCACACUUCAAAGAAGCAGAGUUUCGAUUUCUUGUCUUUAUUGGCUGGAGACAUCGGUAAGGAAGCUAAUAAUAGCUCUAAUAAAGCUGGAAAGGGAAUUGAAUCAUUGCCACAACUCCAAGUUCCUUACCUUCAUUCACUUCCACCACAUCAGCCACUCGUGCCUUUUUCAAUACCCCCAACUCGUUAUUCCUCCUCUGCUCACACAGACCAGCUUUCAACAGCAACAGCUGCACGGCAGGUCCAACUGCAGCUACCUCAAUGUCUCAGUAACCCUUUCUGUGGCCCUCCUUACACAAGUCAUUCAGGUGUUUCAAAACAACACCAACACCAGCAACAGCAACGACUUUGGGCAACUCACCUAGCAGCUCAGUACAGGCCUGCUGGAACUUCCGCAGUCUUGACCCAAUUUCCAAGUUGGCAAAAUGGAAAGCCCGAGUCUUCCAUGUUGAUGCCCUGUGCUCAAACUGUCAUCCCUCCCCAUUCAACACUAGAUGCUGUCGGGCCCAAGUACCAUACAGUCCCGCAACAUUUACAGCCGAUAAUUGAGAUUUCUUCCUCGUUUUCCCCUGCCAGAGUGAAAAGGCAAGACCACCACCAUCUUCCAUCCGUUUAUGAAGGAACCAGCGGUGGUUUUCGCGCCGCCGGUGGGCCACCAUCGUUGCAGUUACAUUGCAAUGAGCGCCUCUGAAGUAGAAUGCCCCUUCCACUUAUGACACACCGUAACAUUAUUUAAUUCUUUCAACUGCACGCGAGACCCUCGUACUCAUCCUUGACGUGAUCAAAAUAGCGAGGGGUUCAUUUGAUUGACCGCUCCGGAUUCGGGCAUGAAAUAAUGAGAGAGCUUGCUGGUGAUCAGAUGUUCGAAUGGAAAUCUCUGAGGUUGUUCGGUCCCAUUUAAGAUAAAUUAGUACGAAGAUUCCCGUCGAGUUCCCCUUUUCAAGACGGUAUUUUAAUGCCCAUUGCCCCAUUGUCACCUGCUUACAGUGAAAGAUAUCAAAAAAGGCUAAUUGCGUAUGCUUUAGGUUUAACCUUCGUCUCUGCCUCUUUUCUUCUUCUCUCACGUUUGCAUCUUUUACUCCCAAAAAGAUUUUCCCAACUGUAGUUAUUCGCUUAAUUCUCUGACCUAUCUUUCUCAAAAGAUUCGAGGAAUAAGAAUUAGGGAGAGAAAGAAUAUCAUGCAAUA